UACCUCCAACACACUUUCCUCUUCCCUCUCUCUUUAUAAACCCUUCUCUCCAUGAACCCUACCUAUGCUCACACUACCAAAAUUCACACAUAACUCCAAUUUCCACUCUCAAUUUCUCUUGUUAUCACCACAAAAGUUACAAUCUACCAUGAAUUUUGAGAUUGAAUAUCCUUUUUCAUUUCAAUCUUCUUCCACCAUUUUCCAAUCAUCAUCACUCACACCACCUAAUAAUAAUAAUACUAACCCGAACCUACUUUCACAUCCUUUAGUUCAUGCACAAUUUGUAGUUUCUCCCAAAAGGAAAGGUGGGAGAAAGAAGUUCAAGGAAACGCGCCACCCUAUUUAUAGGGGUGUCCGACAAAGGAAGGGAAAGUGGGUUUGUGAGCUCAGGGAACCCAAGAAGACCACAAGGAUUUGGUUAGGGACAUACCCUACACCUGAAAUGGCAGCUAGGGCACAUGAUGUGGGUGCCCUAGCAAUUAGGGGCACCUCAGCGAUUCUAAACUUUCCAAACUCAGCUUCUUUUCUUCCAAUCCUUAACUCCUCUUCACCUAAAGAUAUUCGAGCAGCCGCAGCAGAAGCUGCUGAGAGUUUCAGACCGAUCUCGCUUUCUUCCUUGUCCAAUUCUCGUAACGAGAAAACCGGUCGCAAAACUAAGUGCAGGAGGGUUUGUAAAAAGGUUUCAUCAAUGGAGGAAAAGACACAGACAACGGUGUUGGAGUCGUCCUUGAAUAACAUGCAGAAUUUGGAUCGUGAAAAAUGUGAUGUUAUCGACAGUGGCAUGGAGAAAAACAACUGUGAUUUGUCUUCGACUGUGUUCUUCGAUGAGGAGGCAUUGUUUAACAUGCCUGGUCUCUUGGAUAGAAUGGCAGAGAGUUUAUGUCUUUUUCCACUACCUUCGGUAGAUUAUUGGGAUGAUCAUGCUUAUUUCACAGACUUCAAUUUGUGGACUGAUUGAUUGAUUAACCUCUGGGGAAUUUGAUCAAACACUUUGCAUGUGCUUAACGUUUGGAUGACUGAUUUUGAUUUGUUGGUUCUCCAUUCAUGAACAUUUCUGAAGUUUGAUGUUAUUCAUAUACAAUCAAAUCGCAUCACUCUUUGCCCAUUUGCUUUGUAUAAAUGUAAAUGCCAUG